UGUGGGGAAUUCAGAUUCAUUUGUGACUUCAUGAUAUAUAUAUGUUUUGAUAUAUAAAAUUCACCUGCAGCUAGCUCACAUAUUUUCUUGAACAUACAAAAACAAUUCGUUUCCCAAAUCUUAUCCUCAAUUCCUCAUCAUACGUUUUUCCGUCUCUACCAAUAUAUCCGGCACAAUGAAUUCCCUACCUCCCAUCGCUGGACUUCCCUCCCUGUCUACUAUUGAACGAUCCAGUGUCCUCGACACCUUAUUCGAGCCAUGUAUUGCUCUUCAUACACUCUCUGUAGAUCUACUUCGUACCACGACAUUUGAAACUUACAAUGAUCUUAUCGCAAGUGUCGGUAUUCAACUUAUUGAAUUAUCAGAAAGUACAUUACCAAGUGAUAAAGAGUGGCUAGACAAGAUUCUUGGUUCUCAUCCUAGACUAGGCGAGAAGAAAGUAGAUAGUCUACAAUCAAAGGCUGAACAAGCUCAAUUGAACACUGGACCUACUGAAGAAGCUGAGAAGUUAAAGGGUCUUAAUGAGGAAUAUGAGAGCACUUUUCCAGGCUUAAGAUAUGUGUAUGGAUGUACCCAUUUGCCUAACGGUAGACAAGCAAGUGCUAAUCAUGAUGUUAGUGUUUUCGUGAAUGGGAGAUCGAGACCUGCGAUCUUUGAAGAUAUGAGGAGAAGAAUAUCUAGGGGCGAUAUUGGACUUGAGAGAAAGGAGGCUAUUCAGGUAAGACGUGUGUGAGACUAAAAAUGAUUUUGUAGCUAAUUCAAUGAAUAUAGGC